AUGGCUACAAUUUUAUGUCCUCCAAAUUACGUUCUACUAAUUUCCCUCAUGGUUUGCUGUUUCGUGGCUGCCUCUGCUAGCAACUUCUACCAGGAUUUUCAGGUUACGUGGGGCGAUGGGCGCGGAAAGAUACUCAACAACGGGGAUCUUCUUACUCUCUCGCUUGACAAGGCCUCUGGCUCUGGCUUCCAGUCCAACAAUGAAUAUCUCUUUGGAAAGAUUGAUAUGCAAAUCAAGCUUGUCCCUGGUAACUCUGCUGGCACUGUCACGGCCUAUUAUUUGCGCUCAGAAGGGACUUCAUGGGAUGAGAUAGACUUUGAGUUCUUGGGGAAUCUUAGUGGUGAUCCUUAUAUUGUUCACACAAAUGUUUUCAGCCAGGGAAAAGGCAACAAAGAGCAGCAGUUCUACCUCUGGUUUGACCCCACUGCUGAUUUCCACACAUAUUCGAUUCUUUGGAAUGCCCAACAUAUUGUAGAGUUCAAGAACUCGGAGUCGAUUGGUGUUCCAUACCCAAAGAACCUUCCCAUGAGGAUAUAUUCAAGCCUCUGGAACGCUGAUGACUGGGCUACAAGAGGAGGUCUGGUCAAGACAGAUUGGACCCAAGCUCCUUUCACUGCUUCAUACAGGAAUUUCAAUGCGGACAAUGCCUGUGUAUGGUGGUCCUCUGGUUCCACUUCUUGCACUUCUUCAAAUUCAAACUCAACCAGGUCUGUUUUGCUCUCAGAAGAAUUAGACUCCACCGGCCAAGAGAGGCUUCAGUGGGUGCAAAAGAAUUACAUGGUUUACAAUUAUUGCACAGACACAAAGCGAUUUCCACAGGGCCUCCCUCCAGAAUGCACAGCCAGCAAAUCUUAG